AUGCCCUAUCAACACUAUCAUUAUGCUACCGUAGUUCGUUACGCCGGUAACGCUGGCCACCGCGUUGUGCUCGCACAUCACACUGAUGUGUCGCAUUUGUCGCAAGAGUGUUGUGGAUCUGUAUCUGCAACUGCUACAAAGGCUAGUUUUCGUAUUUCACAUCUAUUGGCAAAAAGAGGAAAAGCGUUUUCUGAUGGUAGUUUAAUAAAAGAAUGUAUAAUUCAAGCAGUUGAAGAAAUUUGUCCAGAAAGAAUUGAUACUUUUAAAAAUAUUAGCCUUUCUGCUAACACAGUUGCCCGUAGAAUUGACGAUAUUAGUAAUAAUUUAAAUUCCCAGGUUAGUAAUAAGACUCAAGAAUUCAUUUCGUUUAGUAUAGCACUUGACGAAUCAACAGAUGUAUGUGAUACGUCACAGUUACUUUUAUUUAUUCGAGGUGUUAAUAAAGAUUUAGAAAUUUCAAAUGAACUACUUUCUGUACAUAGCAUGCAUGGAACUACGACAGGUAUCGACAUAUUUAAAGUUAUUGAAAAAUCAUUUUUAGAAUAUAAUUUGAAGUGGGAAAAUUUGAAAUGUAUCACUACUGAUGGCGGAAGAAAUAUGUGUGGCACAAAAAAAGGUUUAAUUGGACAGAUAUUUACGAAUUGUGAAAAAGAAGGUUUUCAACCAAUGACUUUGCAUUGUAUUAUACAUCAGCAGGCAUUAUGCGGAAAAACUUUAGACUUGUCUUGUGUUAUGGAUCCAAUAAUAUCAACAGUAAAUUUUAUUCGCUCGAGCGCACUUAGGCAUCGUCAGUUUCAAGAUUUUUUGAAAGAAAUAGAAACGGAGUACCCAGAUAUACCGUAUUUUACCGCAGUUCGAUGGCUUAGUCGCGGAAAAGUCCUAUCGCGAUUUUUUGAACUAAGAAAUGAAAUUGAAAUAUUUCUAAUUGAUAAGAAUCGACCAUUGCCUUUACUUACAGAUAGUGAAUGGGUUUGGAAAUUAGCUUUUUUAGUGGAUAUCACAAAAUAUAUGAACGACUUCAACCUAAAAUUACAAGGUAAAGAUGUUCUAAUUUGCGAUGUUUACACAUUAGUAAAAGCAUUUAGUUGUGAUAUUGAGAAGUUACCUCCUACCCUUCAAAUGGAAAUGAUUGAUUUACAGAGUAAUGAUGCACUGAAAAUCAAACAUCGUGAAGAGACUUUAGUUGAUUUUUAUAAAUUUCUCCCAGAUAUACAGUAUCCAAAUUUAAAAAAAUUUGCAAUUGAAUAUAUAUCUGUAUUUGCUACGACUUAUUUGUGCGAGCAAACUUUUUCUAAAAUGAAAUACAUCAAAUCGAAAUAUAGAUCGGCCAUGACUGACAAACACUUGGAGUCAAUUUUGAAAAUUGGAACUAGCAACAUACAACCUCAAUUCGAUCGAAUAUUAGCAGAAAAACAUCAAUUUCAUACUUCUCAUUAA